AUGUUUGAGCAGGAAGACGAUUGGCCAGAAGAGGGUAGGUUCUUGGUACUUUACGCUAUGAGCAACUUUACGGGUCACUUCUGUGGGCUAGUAUAUGACCAGGAAACACACCUGUGCAUAAUCAGUCCGACUAUUUACGAAACAGACAUAAUCUUUGAACAGGAAGUUUGGUAUCCGUUGGAAACUGCGUUGGAGUUUUGGUUGAGCCAAAUUCGCAAGGGAAGAAUUGCUACUCCGCCAAAAGUCCCGCAUAAGAAUUACGUCUACGAGCGCUUCGAUCCCUGGGAGUUUAUCCCAUAUAACGACACAAUGCUGGAGGAGAACAUCGACGCUUUCAAUCGCCUUGUAGAGUCCAUCGAAGCCCGCAUGCCUCCAACGGCCUCCACCACAGAAGUUGCAGAGGCUGUACAUGGACUAGUCGACAGCAGCGUACUUCAAGCUACAGAACUUCUCCAAAGAUUCGCUUACGAAUUUGUCCGUCGUACACGACGUCCACGCUUCCAAAUGAUCGCUCCCGGUCUCGAAGUGCUCACCGACUCUGCAUUGUUUGACCAGCCGUUCCGCUCUUAUGUUUCUUCCUCCACUUCUGAAAUUCCUCCCAUCCUGCUUUUCCGCUCCAAAUCAGAUUAUACUGACGAGACAACGCUCAACAUUCACACCGGUGAGCGCAUAGCCCAGCUCUUUCCAUUAUUCAGCGACACCACAACAUAUCCCGCAGGCCUGUACUUGCGUCCGACUUCUGCGAUGAAAUCCGAGGAUGAGUGUUUGUUUGUUUUGCCCUUUGGUAUUGGGGCGAACGGGUAUGCAAGGAAGAGUGAUGGCAGCAGGUUUGGACGACGUAAGACUGGAGGAGAUAGUAACGUGGAUUUAUAUCGUCCAGGUCAUCAGCCGCUCGAGAACCAUCACGAGCAGAGUCUUGUCGACGUGCUGAAGAAUUGGAGGGGUAUGGUAGAGAGGGGCGAUUGGCAGAUUGAUGAGAAUGGGGUUGCAGGCGGAAUGGAUGCCUACGGGCAUGCUCCCGACCCGAGUGCGCAGGUGCCGAAUCAUCUGCUUGCCCAUGUGCACCUGAUAUCCUCGUACCGCUUCCCUACUCUACCGGGUCUUCAAGCUCCUCAGGCCCUCGAGUACCUGAUCAAAGGUCCGCAAAUCGUGCGCGACACGUCGCCCGUCGCGUGGACCUUCCUUUCAGCACCCCCCCAAGAUGGCACUGUCAUCCUCACAUGGCAGCCCCCGCGCAUGGGCACCAUGUUCGCCUCAGACGGCAUGGUGUGGGCUGACGCCGAAACUGCAUACGAUAUGAACGUACGCGGAUAUACUCUCCAGGUCCUUGUCCACAACAGUGGAUACCACUACCCUCACGAACCAUACGCCAUGCAUGCGCGCCAUCGUUAUCGAAUUGCUGCAGGCCCGGGUACUAUCGAUCCCAAUCUCUGGCUUGUGCACUACAAGCCGGCAGAUCCACAGAGCAGAAUGCCUGCCUCGCAAAUACCCAUUCCACGAGAAGUCCAGGCCCAGAUACAGAUGCGCGCUCAACUACAGCAAGCCGGGCCAUUGAUGCGCAAGGAGUUCAUGUUGGUCGAUCAAGCCAAUUGGCCAAAAGUCGAAUUCGGACAACAAGCCAUGAGAGGCCCGCAGCCCUACUACAACCCCAUGCAACCAGGCCGACCAUAUCCUGCGCAACCGCCGCCAGCCAAACGCCAGCGCUUGCCGACUCAGGCUCAACCUCGCCAACCCGCUGCAGGCACACUAGCACCAGACAACACACUCGAGGAGGAGGAGAAUGCGACACAAGAUGCCUUCGACUUCCUGACCCCGCGCGAGAUCAGCUUGUCGCGUUACAAGCAGCAUCACGAGUGGAUGGAAGAGAUCUUCUCGUCACCUUAUGCCGUCGGGAAGAUUGCACCUAUCGAUCUAGGACUGGGUCUCAUGGGUGAGCUCGCCCCACUUACUGCAGGCAUUCUGGACGUUCCAGGAGCUGAGAAUGUGGAGCCGGGCAAAGAGAACUACCAGGUCAAGAACUACUAUAAGCUGGAUGCGGAACAACUCAAGGACUUUGAGAAGCGCGUAGCAGAGUAUACAAAGAACGAGCAGGCCGAGAUUGACAAGAUGAAGGCCGACCACGCGAAGAAAGUGGCACAAUUGAAGCGCACCAGAACGUACAUCAAGGCCGAACGACGACUACGAGACCUUUCCCGCCCUACCGAGAGCGACGGCGAGGACGCAAACCCGGUCGAAGGAGUCGUUCAAGAUUUGGAGAAGACGCUGGGAGUUACAUUCGACGCGAAAAAGGCGGUCGUCUGUGUAGACAAGGGUGGAUUCAUUGAGCCGCAAGCACCCUCUCCUCCAAAGGCACAGAUGAACGGCAACGGAGCCCAACAGGAAGCAAACGGAACAUCGAAUGGCAUGAACAACCAAGGAACAAUGGAGGAGAAUUCUGCCGCGGGUCUUUUGGACCAGUAUGGAUCAGGGUCACUGAACGGCACACCCAUCGGCAAUAUGUCACUACCUAGGUUAUCACAGCCACCGAGCCAAUCGCAGUCUGCCACCGGUACACCCAAUGCGCCUCACGGCAACAUGAACCAGACAUCCACAUUCGAUCAGCAGGACACAAGUCUCGACGUAGGAGCCGACCUCCUGGAUCUGGACGUAGAGAUGUCUGGAAUGACCGGCGCAGGGGAGAAGACUGAUGACUGGACGAUGAACGAUCAAUCUGGCAAUGCACAACAGUCGGCCGGCAGCGUCCAACAACCCAACAUGAACAACAACCAGCGCACAAACAACGUCGGCGGCAUGUCCUCGUCCAACAUCGAAGCCGACGCGGGUAGCAUGUUCGACACAGCCGACUUUGGUAGUUUUGACAAUAUCGAUAGUGCUGGAGAUGCUUUGGCGGAUUAUGGGCACGACGACAACUUGGGCCUGGACCUUGUUGACGAUUCGGCUUUUGGCGAUGCAUUCCAUGCGACGGAAAUGCAUCAUGACGAGGCUGGAGAAGGGGACCAGAAUGCGUAG